AUAAUAAUUUAUUUCAAAUAACCAUAAAACACUCUAAUACUCUCAUAAAAUUCAGCCUCGAAGAAUUCUCUAAUUUCUUCAAAUGGGUGAGGAAAAGGAAAAAAUCAAAGUUGAGAAGAAGAAGAAUGACGCCGGAAAGAAGUCGGCCGGCGGUGGGAAAAACGACGCCGGCGGCGGUAUCGCUACUAUUCUGUUAAAGUUAGAUUUGCAUUGUGAAGGUUGUGCUCAAAAAGUUAGACGUUCUGUUCGUCACUUCGAAGGUGUGGAAGACGUGAAGGCGGAUGCCAGUAGUGGAAAAUUGACGGUGGAAGGGAAUGUGGAUCCCUUAUGGCUCCGGGAGAAGGUGGAAAGCAAGACUAAGAAGAAGGUGGCGCUCCUCUCUGCUCAGCCCAAAAAAGUUGCCGCCGGCACCGGUGACGCCGGAGGAGAGAAAAAAUCCGAUGAGAAGGUUGAGAACAAGGCAGUAGAGGAGAAGGUUGAGAACAAAGUAGCAGAGGAGAAGAAAGGGGAAGAUAAAAAGCCCAAAAAGGUUCAAUGUAACACAGAGGUAGUUCAGCAGCAUUGUGACGGAUCUGCACAAAAAGUAAAGCGAUUUCUUAUAAAGGAAUUGAAACAUAAAUUGAAACGUAAUGUAGCUGUUGUUCCACCGAAGAAAGGUGAUGGAUCAGGUAACCGGUGUGAUAACAAGAAGAACAAAGAAAUUGCUCGUGGUCGUGGUAGUGGUGGUGGUGGUGAUGGAAAAAAGAAAGACGGUGCAUCAUCGUCUACAAUGGCAAGUAAAAGCACAGAACCAAAAGAGCAAAACACAGAGGUGAUGAACAACAAAAAGGAAUGUCACCAUGGUGAUUACAGUAAUCCAAAUAUGUACUACACAAUGCCACCAUCAAUUUACAAUCAAAAUCAUGUGAAUCAAGAUUAUGGCGCAACAAUGCAGGAUCAUCAUGGUUAUUAUGGUCAUAGUGUUGGCUAUAUGCCACCACCACCAUACCUAACUGCAUCGCGCGAUCAUGGUUAUGGAUAUAGAACUGGAUAUGUGUCACCACGACACUUUACUGCACCGCGUGAUCACGAUCAUGAUCAUGGUUAUGGUCAUAUUGGGUAUGUACCACCACCAUACUCUGCACCUCAAUAUUUCAGCGAUGAAAAUCCUAAUGCUUGCUCCGUCAUGUGACAUACAAUACCUUGUUGAAGGGAAGAUCAGUUUAGCUUAAAUGAAAAAUACAACACUUAUAUAUAGCGUUCGUAUACGAAAAAUAGUAUGUACGAUAUCAUAGUUUUUGUUUAGGAAAUUACAAGUUUAGAGAGUUUUUGAGGUUUACUUGAUUUCAAUUUUUCAGUUU